GCCGAGGACGCCAUUUCGCCGUGAGAUUCAAACGUGUGUGCAAGCUUUGGGCAAGCCGAGAGAAAAAGGACGAUGUACGCUUUUGAUUAGAUAUUGUGCCGAGCGAGUGGUUAUUUUUGGAUCAAGGCAAGAUGACAUUAAACAGAAGAGUCCUAAAGCGGGUGCACUCGCCCAUGAAGUCACCCAAACGCAACAACACCUCGUUGCGCAAAAAGGCCCUCAUUAAACAGUGGAAUAGUGAAGUGCAGUUUGGAACUGCCUCAAAAGCCAAUCUGAAGGUGGUUGUUCGAGUGCGGCCACAGAAUGCAAAAGAGUUGGACUGUAAUGCAAGAUGUAUUGUGAAACUAGUAGAUGACCAUAUGAUGGUCUUCGACCCGAAAGAGGAGCAAGAUGAGUUUUUCUUUCGGGGAGUGCGACAGAGGACCAGAGAUUUAAAUAAGAGACAGAAUAAGGAGCAGAAGUUUGUCUUUGAACGGGUCUUUGGGGAGGAUUCUACUAAUGAGCAAAUUUAUGAGGAAACAACUAGAGAUCUUGUUGAUACUCUCCUAAAUGGAUAUAAUUGUUCAGUGUUUGCUUAUGGUGCAACUGGGGCUGGGAAAACCUUCACAAUGCUCGGAAAGCCAGAUUGCCCGGGCAUCACCUUCCUUACCUUGAUGGAGUUGUACCGCCGCAUAGAAGAACUCAAGGAAGAGAAGUCAUGCGAAGUUGGAAUAUCGUACCUGGAGGUCUAUAACGAGACUGUGAGGGACCUCCUGAACCCUGGGAAAGCCCUCAACGUGCAGGAAACCGGUCAGCACAUCCAGGUCCAGGGACUCUCGUUCCACAAACCCAAAGAUGCCGAUAGCCUCAUGCAGAUGCUGGCUUGCGGGAAUCAAAAUCGGUCCCAACACCCAACCGAUGCUAAUGCCGAAUCGUCCAGAUCGCAUGCAGUCUUUCAGAUAUUUGUGCGCCAACAAGACCGUACAGCAAAUGUAAAGUCAAAUGUGGCCAUUGCAAAAUUAUCAAUGAUUGACUUAGCUGGUUCUGAACGGGGUUCUGCCACCGGAUUUAGAGGAGCAAGAUUCAGGGAAGGUGCUAACAUCAAUAAGUCCUUGCUGGCACUAGGAAACUGUAUCAAUGCUCUUGCUGAUGGACAGAAACACAUUCCUUAUCGAGACAGCAAAUUGACUCGUCUCCUGAAGGACUCUAUUGGUGGAAAUUGUCGCAGUGUCAUGAUUGCUGCUAUAUCUCCAGCUUCCACCACUUUUGAAGACACUUUCAACACACUUCGUUAUGCUAACAGAGCCAAAACUAUUAAAACUACUCUUAAGAAGAAUAUCAUGAACGUAGAUCAGCAUGUUUCGCAGUAUGUCCAGAUAGUGGAGGAUUUACGGAAAGAAAUAUGUUGUCUGAAGGAAAAGAUGCAAAAAUAUGAAGAGAAGGAGAAAGAAUGGACCUCCCUGAAGGAGAUUUCAGAAUCUAAAAAUCAGGAUUCGAGUCUGUUGCUCGAGCAACAAAAAGAAUACGAAAGCCAGAUAGCUAGUAUGGAAAAGGAAAUUCUGGAGCUAAAAGCUAAUAGUGGUGUGGUAUCAGAGGUAUCGGAGGAAGAGGCUGAAGUCCAGAGAAAGCUUGUGGAAGCCAGCAGUGAGAGGAAAGCACUCAGACGAGAGCUGUUGCAGUUGGAAAGUUCACAGAGGGAGGUAGAGCUAAAAAUCCAUACCUGUACCAUGCGUCUAAACAGGAUGAAAAUCAUUGCCUUCGCAUCACUACGGCUGGACAAGAGUAUCUCAAAGUGUGAGCGCACUAUUCGUAACCUUGGCAUCAGGCUAAGCCAGACAGAGAGACUACAGAAAAGUGUUGAAGCUAAGCUGAAUGCCAACUUGGAAAAGCUUCAUGCUGCACAAAGAGCUUUGAAUCAGUGGGGACCAGGAUCAACCCAACCAUCUCAGGCUUCACAGGCACUUAUUGACAAGAAUGAAUCUGGUCUGGCUUACCGUGACCUUCACCAGCUGGCAGACUACUUGAGAGGAAUGGUGAAAGAAAGUUUCAAUGAACAGAGAGCCAGUGAACAGCUGAUUUGCCAGCUACUGAACACCACUAAACAGUUCUAUGUACAGCUCCGUGCCAGUAACCAGUGUACACCAGAGAUGGAAAAAUACUUUGAGAGUAUCGUAGAGAAAAUGGAUGAAAGCAAGAUCAUUUGGGCCGAUCAACACCAGGAGAAUAAAGAGGAUGCACCCAGUGUUCCAGAGGAGCCGGUAUUAGAUGUGAAUCGCCUCACCAUCUUGCCAAUUACAAGCAGUGUGUUCAUUUCCCCAGCUACUAUGGUUGAUCAGAAGAUGUUUAGGAGGUCGAUUAUGAAAUCCAGUAAGAGUACAUCAGCUUUACCAUCAGCAACUCUAAACCUGGCUGAGCCAUCUGGGCUUAACUUGUCGAGUGUGGCUGAAAACUCUAUCCAUGACUCUCCCACCACUCCUAGAAUACUGAACUUCCAAGCCACCAUCCCCGAUUCUCCUGUGCUCUCUGGCUUUAGUCUUCCAAAUGAAGAUGGUAAAGUGAAAUCUGAAGAACAACAGGCAGAGGACUGUAACCCAGUACCUCCUCCAUCAACUACACAACAAAAACCUGAAAAGAUUGAAUCUGUCGAACCAAAAAGCCAAACGAAAGACUUUGGAUUUGUUAGCAUGACUGAAGGAUGUGGAAUUAAUACAUUAAAUAUCGUGAGAAACUUGUCCACAAACCUUGAUAAAACAGAAUUGUUAGAGGACAUUCAGCCUAUUGACUGCUCAAUUAAUGCUACUUUUGCUAUAACACCAGCAAAGAGUCUCAAUACAACAGUUGAUAUACCUACAUGUCUUCCAAGCUUAAAUACUACGAUGGAUAUGCCAGGAAGCCUUCCAACUUUAAACACCACAGUUGAUAUGUAUGCAAAUAUUGCAGGCUUGAAUACCACAGUUGAUUUACCUACCAAGAGUGUCACUGUGGAAAAAUCUACACUGGGAAAACUAAGUACAGCUGCUAACAUGUCUACUAUACAGUCUGUUUUAAAUACUACUGUUGAAGUUUCAAAGCCUUCACUCAUGACUACCUCUGUUGGAUCAGGUUCUAAGCCUUCCUUAAUAAGGAAUACAAGCAAGCUUAAUCUGCAUUCCACCAUGAGCUUCUCUCAGCCUUCACUUUUUAAUACAACAGUUGAUAUGUCCUCCAAGCCAUCAAUUUUGAAUACAACAGUUGAUAUAUCCUCCAAGCCAUCAAUUUUGAAUACAACAGUUGAUAUGUCCUCCAAGCCAUCUAUUUUGAAUACAACAGUUGAUAUGUCCUCCAAGCCAUCUAUUUUGAAUACAACAGUUGAUAUGUCCUCCAAGCCAUCACUUCCAAACACUACAGUUAAUCUUACUUCAAAUCCAGCCUUAAAUACUACUAUGGAUCUAGUGUCACAGCAUUCAUGUGGAAGUAAUGCUGGUGAAGCUUCUAAUGCUUGUGUUACAAAUACUGAGAGUACCAUAAAACCUGUGAUAUCCCUUAAAUUGGAGGUGCCAACUAUUCAAUCUAGUAUGUACAAUCAAAAUGCAGUAGAUAAAGUGAAACCAUUUGGGGAAACUUAUGCAAAGUUACCAAAUAAGAAUAUCCAAAACGAUGCCAUUUUGCCUCCUGAAGCAGUGACUUUGAAGACAGCCUCAAGAAAGUUAUUUAACUUGGGUUUGGACUCGACAUUUAGUGUAGAAGACGACCAAGGAAAACCCAAGGACGCAACUGAUACAGGCCUAGGGUGCAACGUUGAAAAUUUAAAAUCUCCAGAGCUAAGUAGUAACCAGUUGAGAAGGAUGACAUUUGAGGUACAGCAACACGGCCCUCUGAUCAAGCCUGUGGAAGUUCAGCCAGCCAGUGAAAGUCUCAUGCCCCCACCUACAAAGACUGUCAAGGGGAUCCUAAAGAAGACACCGCAGAAAACGCCCACACGUGGAACCACACCAGGAAAAGGAACACUUAUAGGUAGGAGCUUCGGUAAAACCACUACUCCCGGGAAAAAUAUCACGCCUGGCAAGAGUCAAAUCUCAGGGAUGAAAAAGAGUCUGAGCACUUCUGCCCUCGGUCCUUACCAGUCCAAUUCUCUGAGAACCAGUGGCCAGUCAGUGGCUAACAAUAAGCAGAAGUUAGCAGGUCUUGGAGCAGCUCUACGGCGUACUUCAAGCUUCCUAAAGGCAAGAGGACAAACGAGUAACCAGGAGAAUGUUCCACCAAGUCAGAGGGGGGCAUAUAGAGACACCUUGUCCUCUUCAGCAAAACAGUCAUCACACUUUCAGUAUAAGCCAUAGGGAUGGCAGUCAUCUUGCCUUGAUAAAAAUUUAGCUUGGGGUGAGAAUCCUGAAAAGGAUAAAACACAACAAGUGAUGAAGACAGAAGAUGUGCUCUUAGAUUUUGCCAACAAACCAUGUUUCGGGUCAAAAGUUGGUUUUCUGCAAGAGAAAUUACAAGUGUUUUCCUGUAGUAACAGUGUAUCUCAUAGUGUCAAAGGUUCUUCUGAAAAAGUUGUGGAAAAAAACAGUAGUAUACAGCCUUGGAGUAUGCACACAAUGCCAUGGACACUUGGUGUGAAUAAAAGAAAAUUAUAUCCAGUGUUUGCUUACUUGCCAAAGUCUUUCUGAUCUCUUAAAUUUUUUGUAUGCUUGUGUGCACAAGGAUUUGACUGUCAUCUGUUUCCCACCGUUCUAGUGAGAGGGAAGUAAUGUAAUAAUAUAAAGAAAUGGAGAUGUUAUUAUAUUUUUUUUCUUUUUCAAAGUGAUACUGUAAAUCAUUAAUGUAUGUUUUUUAUGUAAAUAGGAUAUCAGUUUAUAGAAAAGAUUAUUGAAAUCUUACUAGUUUUAUAUUAUUUGUUUUUUGUAUAAAUUUGACUGUAAAGAAUUAUCAUCAUAACCAUUUUAAUAGCAAAUGAAAAUGUGAGUACUUGUAGUGGCUUGGUCCAUGGGUACCACUUUCACUCAUUUUAUUUCCCUAGAUUCACUUGGAAGUGGACGAAAACUGUAAAUUUAUAUAUUUAUAAGGAAAUAUUAAUUACUCUUUUUCUCUUCUUUCUUUUCCACAGAUGUAUUAUCUGUUAAAUAUAUAUGUUACAAAGUGCUAUCUCAAUAAAGUUAAUAAUUUUAA